CCCGCCGCCUCCGUUUCUCCGUGUCCCUGUCCCCCCCCACCCCCAACUCCGGGGCGGUGGGGGGGCCCAGGCGAAGAUGGCGACGCCGGGAAGCGAACCCCAGCCUUUCGCCCCUGCGCUCUCGGUGUCCGCGCUGCACCCCCAUCAUCCCCACCACCACCACCACCACCACCAUCAGCACCACGGAGGCACCGGCGGCGGCGGCGGCGGCGGCGGUGGGAGCGGAGGGGGCUUCAACCUGCCCUUGAACCGGGGGCUGGAGCGCGCGCUGGAGGAGGCGGCCAACUCCGGGGGCUUGAACCUGAGCGCCCGGAAAUUGAAGGAAUUCCCCCGCACGGCGGGCCCGGGGCCCGACCUCUCGGACACGGUGCAGGCAGACUUAUCUAAAAACAGACUGGUUGAAGUUCCAAUGGAAUUGUGCCAUUUCGUAUCACUGGAGAUUCUUAAUCUGUACCAUAAUUGUAUCAGAGUCAUUCCGGAAGCCAUUGUUAAUCUGCAGAUGCUGACUUACUUAAACUUGAGUCGAAAUCAGCUGUCUGCCCUGCCCGCCUGCCUGUGUGGUCUGCCUCUCAAAGUCUUAAUUGCAAGUAACAACAAACUUGGAUCUCUGCCAGAAGAGAUCGGGCAGCUCAAACAGUUAAUGGAGUUGGAUGUCAGCUGCAAUGAGAUCACAGCCUUGCCUCAGCAGAUAGGUCAAUUGAAAUCUCUACGGGAACUGAAUGUCAGAAGAAAUUAUCUGAAAGUUUUGCCACAAGAAUUAGUAGAUCUUCCCUUGGUCAAGUUUGACUUUUCUUGCAACAAAGUGCUGGUAAUUCCCAUUUGCUUUAGGGAGAUGAAGCAGCUGCAAGUAUUACUACUGGAGAAUAACCCUCUGCAGUCCCCCCCAGCACAGAUUUGCACAAAGGGAAAAGUGCACAUAUUCAAGUAUCUGAGCAUCCAAGCAUGCCAGAUUAAAACAACUGACUCCCUAUACCUCCAUACGAUGGAGAGGCCACACCUACAUCAGCAUGUGGAAGACAGCAAGAAGGAUUCAGAUUCAGGAGUUGGAAGUGAUAAUGGUGAUAAGCGAUUAUCUGCCACAGAGCCUUCUGAUGAAGACACUGUCAGCCUGAAUGUGCCAAUGUCCAAUAUCAUGGAAGAAGAGCAGAGCGUCAAAGAGGACUCAUGCCAUCUUCUCAGCCCACCUAAAGGGGAAUUUCAUCAGGAAUUUCAACCAGACCCUUCUCUUGUGGGCAACAGUGACAGCUCAGGAGAAGCAAGAAACCAGUUUGUGCACGGAGCAGAUGUUCUACAUUCAGAAUUUAUAAACUACACAAAGGCCAGGAAGGAGGACUGUGAAGAAUUGCUACGGAUAGAAGAGGACACCCAUUGGCAAACAGAGGGAAUGAUAAAUUCAUCCAAAGACCAGGACAUGGAUAUAACGAUGAUUGAACAGCUGAGAGAAGCAGUAGAUCUGUUACAAGAUCCCAGCAGAUUGAGCACAGAUGUUUCAGAGAGAAGUGUUAUAAAUUUUUAUCCUAUGGAAUCAGCAGAAGCCUUAGAAUUACAAGAUUCUGUAUUAAAUGGUCAAAUACAGCUGGACGGCUCUCCAGUGAGUGAGGUGCAAAAUGAUCUAACAUUACAGAGUAAUGGAAGCCAGUAUUCUCCAAAUGAGAUUAGAGAGAACUCUCCUGCAAUCUCUCCUACCACAAACAGCACCGGUCCAUUUGGUCUGAAGCCUCGGUCAGACCCAGCCCUCACUCUUCCUCCUAUCUCCUUCAACAAACUUACACAGGCACAAACAUGGGACAGCUCUAGCUACAGUGUUCCAUCUGAAGGAGACAGUGACAAUGUCUUUCUAAGACCUCAGAGAAAUUUGGAAUCUAUAGACCCACAAUUUACAAUUCGGAGGAAAAUGGAACAGAUGAGAGAAGAAAAAGAAUUGGUGGAACAACUUCGUGAGAGCAUUGAGAUGAGGCUCAAGGUCAGCCUUCAUGAAGACCUGGGGGCUGCGCUCAUGGAUGGCGUCGUUCUCUGUCACCUGGUAAACCAUAUUCGCCCCCGAUCUGUCGCUAGCAUCCAUGUUCCGUCACCAGCAGUUCCCAAACUUAGCAUGGCGAAAUGCAGAAGAAAUGUGGAAAACUUUUUGGAAGCAUGCCGAAAAUUAGGAGUCCCAGAGGAAAAACUAUGUCUACCCCAUCACAUCCUUGAAGAGAAAGGCCUGGUCAAAGUGGGCAUUACAGUUCAAGCACUACUAGACGUGUCUGUUACGAAGGCGCUGUUCACAUGAGAGCAAGCCUUCUCCUUUGGGUUGGCUCAUAAACCCUGGCCCCACCAGAGAUCCUGAGAUCCUGGACUCUGCUCUCCUCUCCGCAUCUGUUCCCUCCCUACCCUCCCAUUCACCGCCUCUCAGUUCCCUAAUUCCAGUUGCAUUGAAGGGAGGACAAAAGGGAAGAUUUUCUACCUUCAACUCUGACCUCCGACCUUAGGACAUGACAGGUAUUUAUCUUGAAACCAGUGAAGGAGAUGGUGACAAAGGACUGAGCAACACAUCAAGGCCUUCUAACAGCCUCCUCAUCCCUUCCACACUCACCCACUGCCAUUACCGAAACACCAAGCACAACCGUUUUUGCUGCAAGAUGCAUUUGUUUUAUUGAAACCAAACUUAUUGUGUAUUUAGUGGGGGGGAGGGGCACUCAAUCAGGUUUUGACCACCAAAUUUUUCAAGAAGUUUCUUGAGACCAUUGCCUUUUAAAAAACUAUUUUCGACAUACAAAAAAAUAUUUAUAUAAAUAUUAUUUAUUAGUGAGUUUUUAUUCAUCCUUUGGAUGCAAAUUGUAAAUUAGGAAACUAUUUUAUUACUGCUUUUUUGUGGUUAAACACUUUAUUUUAAUAUUAUAAAUAUUGAGUUAUUUUCCUAUCCUCUUUGGUGUGCAGUCAUCCUAGAUCUCAGUAAUCAUGUUUUCUGGCAUAUAUAACUCAGAAAAAAAAAUUUUAAAACAGGUGCUUCUGUGACAAGAACUGUUUUUCUGGGGAGGCAUUACUUAUACUUUGUUUUCUGGAACAUCGGUCUUAUUUAUAUUUCUGCAUUCCAUCCAGUUUCCUACAUUCCAGCAGCCCUGUUGUCCCAUGUUACAAUGAACUGAUGAAAAUUAAGAGAGCACCCCAAAGUUGUUUGUAAAUAGUUGUGAUGGAAAAAAAGAUAUAUUAAACUUGAAGAAAAAAUGUGAACAAUUAUUUUUUGGAUUCAUACUUAUUUUGCUAUGCAUAAAACACUCACAUUUUAACAUGCAGAAGUGUUAGCGUUGUGUGUCUUGAAGUAUAAUUUUGCACUGUAACUUAGGUAAAGAAAGUCUAGCACCAAAGGAAGAUAAUAAGGAAAUGGUUUAGGAAAAUGGAGGUGAUGAGAAGUUUCUUGUUAAACCAGAAAGUUUUUUUAAGGGCAGCUUCGAAUGAGUGAUGAAGAAUUCCGUAAAGUACAUAGGACCUGGAUUAGGAAGUCAGCACUUCCACAAAUGCAAGUUUUGAAAGAGGAAGCAAUUCUGAGACUGUGAACAUGCUUCUUUUACUAUAACUUGAGUGGUGUUUUAUUUUUUAAGAAAUCCAUAUAACACUGCAAGAUUCCUGGUCUCUCUUGUGAAGUCAGAAAGGUGAAUAAGGAAUUGGUGGGGCAGCUGCACGCAAGCUCCGACCUAAGGAAGCUAAAAGCCAGGUUAAGUAAGUGAUGUUUGUGAGGCAGAAGGCACCUGGGAGGGCAUACGUUCCAAUAAAAUAAGAGCCAGCAGUUGAAGGGACCCAUGCUGGUCUGAGAGAUUCACCUUUGGCUUCACUAAACAUCUCACAACUCACCGCUUUCAGGAAGUUCCAAGCAUGAGCAUUCCCCCUGCAAUUACAGAAACUCCAAAGUCUUGUGAAUGCUGACUGACUCUGCACCUCUGUGAAAAGCCUUAAGAGCAGCAGCAACCACAACUUGUAAGGUAAAUACAAAGGUGGAAAAAAAAAAGACACUGGCAGGAUGACACACAGUGUACACAAUUCCCAGCCAGAGCCCAGAGGGCAUUCUGCUCUGGACAAGAUUGGACAGGAUAUUGAAAUCACUUGUUUGGAUUGGCAGCUAGCAGUUAUUUCCUUUUGAAUGUACUGUGCACUUUAACCUAACUUAAAAUCUAUUUUAAUAUUUUCCUGUGCUGCACAAAUAACUGUUUUGUUAAAUAGAAUAAUGAUGUAAAGAAAGAAGGCAUUUUUGAACAAAGAGAAUAUUCAUUGUAAGCAAUAGUCAAAGGUUGAUUUCAGAAAUAGAAAUUUUGAUUGCUUUGUCUUGAUGGGCAUUCAGAAUGCAGUCAUGAAAUAUAUAUUUUUACGUGUAUCUGUAUCAAGGGGAAGUGCUGUAAUCCUUGUUGCUAGAGAAUUUUUUCCUUCAAAAGUAAGAUAUUUCUUUUAGUAUUCAUUUUCAGUAUUUUCUUAAAGUUGGCUGUAUAAUACAAAAGGCUUCAAUAUUUUGUAAAGUGGCUUUUUUUCCCCCUUCUAAAUACAUACAGUCCUUGUAUGGCUAAGACAUCAUCACUAUUCUUGUUACGCUGUUUAUAUGUGCAAUAAAAUGUGCAUGGCCAGCUGACAAUAUCCUAAAUGGACAGAAUGUACAUAUUGCAAAUAUCCUUUUUCUUAUUUAAUAACCAUUAAAACUUUGAAUUUGUACAAACUGUCUUCUGAUUGACUUAUCUGCCUGAUGUAAAGGAUGAUUAUGGCCACUGAUGAAAUCAGAGUGUCAUUGUGGGAACAAAACCAUUC